CUGGUUUCUGUCCUUCUGUCCUGAGGGCAAUGUCAGCCACCCAGGUGCUGAUAUAUCCACUCCUGACCCCUGGAAGGGUCUUGUGGACCUAUCCACAUGCCUUCCCUGCUGCAGCUGGAGCCUCUGUUGUUGCCAGGCUGCCCCCUUCACUCCCCCUUCCAGUCUGGCCUUGGGGACAUGAGAGGUGGCAAUGGCACAGCAGUGACUGAGUUUGUUUUGCUGGGGUUCUCAGGUUACGGUUCCCUCCGGGGCCCUCUGUUCUGGGGGGUGCUUCUGGUCUACCUGGUCACCCUGCUGGGCAACUUGCUGAUCAUCCUCCUCACCCUGGCUGACGCUGCCCUGCACUCGCCCAUGUACUUCUUCCUGCGCCACUUCUCCGGGUUGGAGAUACUUUACACCACGACUGUGGUCCCCAGGAUGCUGGCCGACCUCCUUUCCUCCUGCCCCACCAUCCUGCAAGCCAGCUGCUUUACCCAGGUGUAUUUCUUCUCACUGUUUGGCAUCACUGAAUGUGGCCUGCUCACUGCCAUGGCCUAUGACCGCUAUGCUGCCAUCUGCCGGCCGCUGCGUUAUAGCACCCUGCUGAACCCGGGAGCCUGUGUGUGCCUGGUGGGUGCCUGCUACCUCAUGGGCAUCAUCACCAGCACCACUUACUCCAUCCUCAUCUUCACUUUGCCCUUCCACGGUACCAACAUCAUCCAUCACUUCCUGUGUGACAUCCUUCCUGUGCUGAGUCUGGCCAGCGCCAGCACCUUUUGGGGUGAAGUGGGCAAUCUUGUCGUCACCAUAGCCUUUAUCCUGACACCCUUCUCACUGAUCAUAGUGUCCUAUGCCUGUAUUCUUGUCACCAUCCUUGGGGUCGCGACAUCCCAGGGACGUCGAAAAGUCUUCUCUACCUGUUCCUCCCACCUAUUUGUGGUCAUGCUCUUUUUUGGGACGGGGAUCGUUGCCUACAUGAGGCUGGGGGCAGGCUCCUCCCAGACCAGGGACCAGAUCCUUGCCCUCUUCUACGCAGUUGCCACUCCCAUGUUCAACCCUUUCAUCUAUACUCUGAGGAACAAGGAGGUCACAGGGGCAAUGAGGCGGCUUGUGAAGAAAUACCUCUGGAGUCCUUGACCCUCUUUCAUUGUUGGAGGGCCUGAUCCUUGGAGACUUUCAAGGAAGAGUGAGGAAGAAGCCCCGGCUCUGAGUGGUGUGUCGGGGUCCCUAGCCUGCCCAGCUCGAGUGCAAUGUUGCUCAGAGCUUGGCUUCUGCAGCCUGUUCUUUUGGCCCUAAUCUGACUUUUUCUUAGGUACAAAGCUGGAGAGACAUGCAUUGGGUGGAGGCUGAGGAGUGAGGGUGACUGUGCCCAUCUCGUGCCAUGUUUGAGCACUUUUGGUCUUUCCUGAGGCUUAGGGCCCCCUCCUGGGGCUACGAUUUCUGGAGACAGUGCUUUUCUUCCUCUCAGACUCCUCACUGCAAGCCUUUCUCUUUCUUGUCAGUUGCCUCUGCUUCUACAUGAACGCCUUUACUCGAGGUGGGAGGUCUGACUUGGGUGGAAACAGGGCAGAGAAUAGUUUUUAAUAUUUUUGUUAUAAAGAAAGCUGA